GAAGAGCCGACAACUGUUCCGCCAUAUGGUUCGCCUGAACAGCACCUUACAUUUUCUGUGAAUCAGAAAUACGAGAAAGCCCACGAUGAUGGGAUUUGGUGUUGUGCCUGGGGUAAAAAUGAGGCCAGUGACAUACAAUACAUCAUGACUGGAUCUUUGGACAAUGGACUGAAACUGUGGAAAUGGGUGGAUGAUCGUCUUGAACUUAUUGGCCCUCUAGAAGGUCAUCGUCUUGGCGUUAUUUCUUUGGACAUCGAUUCAACGGGGAAAAUGGCGGUAUCCAGUAGUUUAGACAGUCAGAUCCUCAUAUGGGAUCUGGAGAACCGACGUUUGCUGAAAACCUAUGAAGGUGAUCCAGCUGACACUUGGACCGUUGCCCUUUCCCCAGAUUCACGCUUUAUCGCCACCGGAAGCCACGCGGGUUGUGUAAAUAUGAUUGGGGUGGAUUCGGGCAACAAAGAAAGUGUUAUUCAACUGGAUGGCAAAUUUGUGUACAGCCUCGCCUACAGCCCGGAUGGCACCAAAUUGGCAGCAGGAGCGAUCAACGGAAUUGUUAGCAUUUGCGAUCUCCAGACCGGCACAAUCCGCCCACUUGAUGGUCACGCAAUGCCUGUCCGUUCCCUAGCGUUCUCUCCUGAUGGACGGUUACUUGCUUCCACAUCAGAUGACAAGCAGAUCAAGGUGUUUGACGUACAUGACGGUCGAACCAUCAUUUCCAGUCUGAAUGGUCACAAAGGUUGGGUCGUGUCAGUUCAUUUUUCCUCCGAUAUGAGACAUUUGGCCACAGCCUCCACAGACCGUUCUGUUCGUAUAUGGGACUUAAACGCCAAGGCUGAGAAGCACUCCUUCACCGAACAUGAGGAUCAAGUUUGGUGUACUCGGUACAGCCCUUGCGGAAAGAAGCUGAUGUCUGUUGGAGACGAUCGAUCCAUUUUUAUAUACAACUGUGUGUCAUAGGCAGAUGCUUAUAUCUACUCAGCUAUUUAAAAUACACCUUUUGCACAUAAAUGCUUUGUUGUCAC